UAGAAGAUUGGAACUUUAUCAACUUCAGAGAGAAUGAGUUUAAAAACCAGUGCUUUAUUGGUUCCUGUGGGUGUCCGUGGCAUGAAGAUUUUGGAUAAAGCCAAGUUCUUGCGUAAUGUCCAAGUUCCAGUAUUAAAAGUGGCUGAGCAGAGUUUAGCUAAAGUUACUCACCACUGCAGGCCUUAUUUUCUAAAACUUGAGAAUUUCAAGCCUGUACAAAAUUUGGAAGACGAACUAUUCAAAAAAUGUGUAUACUUGAAUCCAGAAAAGGUUACAAAAUGGGAUGACUUGAGUUCUAUCCAUGAAGCACUGCAAGAAUAUGAAUGUACUGAAAAGAACUACACUACAAAAACAAUGCAGUUUGGCUAUAAUAACUUCAGCUUUGAGAGCAUAUUCAAAGCUGUUCUUCCGGAAGGUGAAGAAAUUGUCAGCAGUUACUCUUUGAUCGGCCACAUAGUCCACCUCAAUCUUCGCGAUCAUCUCAUUGAAUACCGUCAGCUAAUUGGACAGGUGUUACUAGAUAAAAUAAAAACUUGCCGUACGGUAGUAAACAAAAGCAAUAUAAUAGAUAACACAUUCCGGAACUUCAGCAUGGAAGUUAUAGCUGGAGAGGAAGACUUUUGUGUAACUGUGAAAGAGAACCGUUGCACAUUUCAAUUUGACUUUUCAAAAGUGUACUGGAAUCCACGUCUUGGUAAAGAACAUGAAAGAAUACUGAGUUUUCUGAAACCUGGUGAUGUUCUCUUUGAUGUAUUCUGCGGUGUAGGACCAUUUGCAAUACCAGCAGCUAAACAUAAGUGUAAAGUGUUUGCUAAUGACCUAAAUCCUGAUUCUUAUAAAUGGCUAAAUCACAGUGCUAAAAAAAACAAAGUCAAUAAGAUGUUCUUCAAAUCGUACAAUCAAGAUGGCAAAGACUUUAUUAGUGAAGUGUUUAGAGAUUAUUUAGUGAAUGUUUGUAAAGGUAAUGAGAAGAUUCUUGGUGAAAAAAUUCAUAUAACAAUGAACUUGCCAGCAAAGGCUGUAGAAUUUUUAAAAUACUUUAGAGGCAUUUUUAAAGACUAUAAAUUGUAUAUUGAUAAGUUGAAUUGUGAAAUUCUUGUUUAUGUGUAUUGCUUUGCAUUUGGUGAUGAUCCUGUUUUAGAGGCAAAAAAUAUUGUAAAUAAAAAUAUGGGUCUUAACAUGUCUCCAUAUAUUUUAGACAUAUUUGAUGUAAGAAAUGUUUCCCCUAAAAAAGAAAUGAUGAGAGUGACUUUUAAACUUCCAAAAGAAAUUAUGUUAGAUGUGACAACAGGAUAUAAAGAGACAGACAUAGAACCGCCCCCUAAAAAACAAUGUAUUGAUAAGAAUUGA